AACUCCACCGGCGAGGACUGAAGUGAACGCGCUCGCCGAGCUCACCGAACGCCCCUCAAGCGCGGUGACGUCACGUCCUUCGGCGGCGCUCCUGAAGUCGGUAAAGACUGACGGACUCACAGUUAAACUCGCGCACAGACAGUCUCGUUUAACGGCUCCGGGCGCGUCACAGCUCAAACUAACGGGAAUAAUUUGGCUUUGCCGCGAGAGGAGCGCGGGGCGGCGUUCGCCAUGUAUCGGAGACUUUUAGCGGCUCUUUUCUUCUCCGCCGUUAGUUUAUUGAUCUCGGCAGCGGCGGUCCAAGAAUUUCAAGAUGAUUGUCUCUCUGAGAAGUCCUACACAGAAUGUGGCUACAGUCAAGGUGUAGAUGAUGACUUUGACUGGGAGCAGAUGAACACCAGAAAGAAGCCAUCAUCAGACCCCUGGAUACCAGCAGGUUCAGUGUUUAUGAUGGUGAACACAUCUGUGAGGUCUCCUGGACAGAAAGCUCAACUCUAUGUGCCACAGUUUAAGGAAAACGACACCCACUGCGUCAUAUUUCAGUAUUAUGGAGCGAGUCGAGAGGGUUCGAGUCCAGGACAGCUCUUCAUCUACAUUAAAGAGAAUAACAGUCCACUGGGCAUCCCCGUGUGGAACUCAUCUGAACCGGUGUUACACAAAUGGCAGAAAGUGGAACUGGCCAUCAGCACCUUCUGGCCCAAUUUCUAUCAGUUGGUGUUUGAAGUUGUGACAUCAGGAGAACGUGGGUUUUUAGCCAUUCAAGGAAUCUCACGACAGGGGCAUCAGUGCAUGAAUACGCCUCAUUUUCUACACAUUAAGGGUGUGGAGGUGAAUGCCAGACAGACGGCUGUGUUUCAGUGCACCAUUAAUGGGCAACCCGGAGAUCACGCCGGCUACAAACGCUGGUUACAGGGUAUUGGAGGACGUGAAGCUUAUAUGAAAGACGCCAAACCUGUGAACUCCAGACGAUACACAGCAACAUUUGAUAUUGUCAACACUACAAAGGGAGAUUCGGGAAAGUAUCGCUGUAUCGUUCGCUCUAAUCAUGGAGUGGGUGUGUCCAGUUACGGCACGCUGGUGGUUAAACAACCUCCGAUACCCAUCGCUCCUCCUCAGCUGACCGCUGUUGGUGCCACUUACCUGUGGAUUCAGCUCAAUGCAAACUCCAUCAACGGCGACGGUCCCAUCAUUGAGAAAGAGGUGGAGUAUCGCACGGUGUCCGGGAGUCUGAUCGACAACCAACCUGUGGACAAACCCAACCAUAAGAUCGGUCAUCUGGACCCUGACACGGAGUAUGAGAUCAGUGUCCUGUUGACCCGUCCUAAUGAAGGUGGGACUGGAGCGCCGGGACCUCCGCUCAGAGCCAGAACCAAAUGUGCAGAUCCCAUGCAUGGACCUCGACGACUGGAGGUGGUUAAUAUCAAAUCUAAGCAGUUCACCGUUCGAUGGGAGCCGUUCGGCUAUAACGUGACGCGCUGUCACAACUACAGUCUGACGGUGGAGUAUCGCUAUACGGUGAACGGUAAAGAAGAAACCAGAGAGGAGAAAUGUAAUGAUAUUCCGAGUGCUUCACCACAACACAUCAUCCGUAAUCUGCUGCCCUUCACCAACGUCAGCGUGAAACUCGUGCUACGAAACCCAGAAGGCAUCAAAGAAAGUGAAGAACUCAACGUUCUGACAGAUGAGGACGUACCUGGAGCCGUUCCUCUGGAGUCAAUCCAGGGUAACCCGCACGAGGAGAAGAUCGCUCUCAGAUGGAGAGAACCCAUUCAGACCUAUGGAAUAAUCAAACAGUAUGAAAUCCGCUAUAAAGCUGUCAGCUCCUUUGACCCAGAGUUCAUUCUAGUGAAUCAGACCGGAAAGGUGUUGAAGUUCAGUAAUGAGACGUCUCAUGUGUUUGUGGGUCUGUAUCCUGGUUCCACGUACUCGUUCACCAUCAAAGCCAGCACGGUUAAGGGAUACGGACCGGAUGUCAUCACCCAGUUCACAACCAAGAUAUCACCACCCCGUAUGCCCGGGUACGAGCAGGAGAGUCCACUAAAUCAGACUGACAGCACCGUGACCGUCCUGCUGAAACCGGCCCAAAGCAGAGGAGCACCGGUCAGUGUGUAUCAGGUGGUGGUUGAAGAGGAGCGUCCUCGACGUUCACAGAGAGCCGCAGAGAUUCUGAGAUGUUAUCCAAUCCCCAUCCACUUCCAGAACGCAUCCGUACUCAACUCGCAGUAUUACUUCGCAGCAGAAUUUCCUGCCGCACGGAUUCAAGCGCCGCUGCCCUUUACGGUGGGAGACAACCGGACGUAUGACGGUUACUGGAAUCUUCCUCUGCUGCCACACAAGAGCUACAGCAUCUACUAUCAGGCAGUCAGCACGGCCAACGGGGAAACUAAAAUCGAUUGUGUUCGUGUGGCUACUAAAGCUGCAAUUAUUGUGACACAGCUGACCACGCCGUAUGUGCGCAUCGCACCCGCUGCGGGCGACAGCCAACUAACAGGGGCCGCCACCAGGAAACCUGACGCUGUUGAACCUGAGAAACAGACAGAUCACACUGUGAAGAUCGCUGGUGUCAUCGCUGGCAUUCUGCUCUUCGUCAUCAUCUUCCUCGGUGUGGUGCUGGUCAUGAAGAAACGCAGAAGAUCCUCUUACUCCUACACUUACUACCUGAAAUUGGCAAAGAAGCGUAAGGAGACGUUGAGCAGCACACGUCAGGAGAUGACCGUGAUGGUGAACUCAAUGGAUAAGAGUUACACUGAACAGGGUACCAGCUGUGAUGAAGCCAUUUCAUUCAUGGACAAUCACAAUAUCAAUGGAAGACCUGUUUCCUCGCCGUCAUCCUUUACCAUGAAGACUAACACGCUGACCACAUCCGUACCAAACUCCUAUUACCCAGACCCCUUUGUGCCGACUGCAAUCUUAGAUGAGAAUCACACGAUGAACAGCGAAACCAGCAGCCUGGUUCAGUCGCACACUCAUUCCUAUAAGAAACGUGAGGCGGUGGACGUACCGUAUCAGACGGGUCAGCUGCAUCCGGCCAUCCGAGUGGCAGAUCUUCUCCAGCACAUCACACAGAUGAAGUGUGCCGAGGGUUACGGCUUUAAAGAAGAGUACGAGAGCUUCUUCGAAGGUCAGGCUGCACCGUGGGACUCGGCCAAAAAAGAUGAGAACAGGAUGAAGAAUCGUUACGGCAACAUCAUCGCAUAUGAUCAUUCACGAGUUCGACUUCAGCCAGUGGAGGGAGAACAGAGCUCAGAUUACAUUAAUGCUAAUUAUGUGGAUGGCUACCAUCGACCGAAUCAUUACAUCGCUACACAAGGUCCCAUGCAGGAAACCAUCUAUGACUUUUGGAGGAUGGUGUGGCAGGAGAAUACGGCAACCAUCGUCAUGGUAACCAAUCUGGUGGAAGUAGGCCGGGUGAAAUGUUGUAAGUAUUGGCCUGAUGACACAGAGAUCUACAGAGACAUGAAGGUGACACUGAUAGAAACACAACUGCUGUCUGAAUACGUCAUCCGGACCUUCGCUGUGGAAAAGCGAGGAGCUCAUGAGAUCAGAGAGAUCAGACAGUUUCAUUUCACCGGCUGGCCGGAUCACGGCGUGCCGUAUCACGCUACGGGACUGCUGGGAUUCGUCCGGAGGGUUAAAUCGAAAAAUCCGGCUAUCGCCGGCCCCAUGGUGGUGCACUGCAGCGCCGGCGCGGGUCGAACCGGCUGCUUCAUCGUCAUUGACAUCAUGCUGGACAUGGCCGAGCGUGAAGGUGUGGUGGACAUUUACAACUGUGUGAGAGAACUGAGGUCACGUCGAGUCAACAUGGUGCAGACUGAGGAGCAGUAUGUCUUCAUACAUGAUGCCAUCUUGGAGGCGUGUCUCUGUGGAGACACCACAAUCCCGGCCAAUCAGCUUCGGUCGAUCUAUUAUGACAUGAACCGCUUGGAUCCCCAAACAAACUCCAGUCAAAUCAAAGAAGAGUUCAGAACACUGAAUAUGGUAACACCCACAUUACGGGUUGAGGACUGCAGCAUCGCUCUGUUACCGCGUAACCAUGAGAAGAAUCGCUGUAUGGACGUCCUGCCACCGGACCGAUGUCUACCCUUCCUCAUCACCAUUGAUGGAGAGAGCAGUAACUACAUCAACGCCGCUCUCAUGGACAGCUACAAACAGCCGUCUGCGUUCAUCGUCACCCAGCAUCCUCUGCCCAACACCGUUAAAGACUUCUGGAGACUCGUGCUGGAUUAUCACUGCACAUCUAUAGUCAUGCUGAAUGAUGUGGAUCCUGCUCAGCUUUGCCCUCAGUACUGGCCUGAGAACGGAGUCCAUCGACACGGUCCCAUCCAGGUGGAGUUCGUAUCGGCUGAUCUGGAGGAGGAUAUCAUCAGCAGAAUAUUCCGGAUCUACAACGCCGCACGGCCUCAGGAUGGCUACCGGAUGGUACAGCAGUUCCAGUUUUUGGGUUGGCCGAUGUACCGCGACACACCCGUCUCCAAACGCUCUUUCCUAAAACUCAUCAGACAGGUGGAUAAAUGGCAGGAGGAAUAUGAUGGUGGAGAGGGCCGUACCGUAGUACACUGUCUUAAUGGAGGAGGUCGCAGCGGGACGUUUUGUGCCAUCAGUAUCGUCUGUGAGAUGUUGAGACAGCAACAUUCAGUCGAUGUGUUUCACGCUGUAAAGACGCUGAGAAACAACAAACCCAACAUGGUGGAUCUGCUGGAUCAAUACAAGUUUUGUUACGAAGUGGCACUGGAAUACUUGAAUUCUGGGUAAAUUGUACGGCAGCCCCCCUCCUUUCUUUUCCAUAAGCCCCCUGUACAACACAAGAAUGUUAAGACCGGACCGACCCAACGAGUGCUGAUGGGAUCAGACAGAUGACAUCAUCCACACUGGACUCUUUCCUCAGCGUGCACAUCUCUGAUCUGAUCACACGUCAGUUCGUCCGUCACGAACCCUCAGCGAGAGACUGAUGCCUUUUAUCUUUACUGGCUUUUUAUUUUGGUCGGACGAUGUCGGUCACUUCCAUUUCUGUGUGGAAUGCAACGUCACGUGGAUGUUUAUUUUCUAUCAUGUUUAUGUUUAUUUGCUUUUGUACUUCUGUUUAUUAAUUGUUGGCAUGUACAGUUGAACACGUGUGGCAUUACCAGUGCAGAUAUUAAAGCGUUACGUUGUGUUUGUUGUGUUGAACGAUGGAGAAACUGCUGAAACGAUUCACGCGCUGAACCGUCCCGUCAAAAGAUCCAAAGCUUGUAUUUGUGAUCGUUUUGUUUAUAUUGUAAAUAGCUGAAGUUCACCAGAUAAUUUAUUCAUUGAUGGUUUUUGUGAAGCACACUGAGUGACAAUCAUGUUUUAAUUUGGUCAUUAUUAUCAUAAGGACUCCACAUAUAAUAGUGACCAGAUUGUAUUGUUAACUUUUUAUUUAUCUGGUAUGAAAAAAACUAUAAAUACAUAUCUAUAUCUGCCAA